AUGGACAAAAUCAACAUCGGAGAGAAGCUCGGUCUCACCGGCAAGGUGAUGAAGCUGAAAUUCGGCAACAGCUUCGACAGAUCGGCACGAAAGGAGACGUCGGGAUUCCACACCUUCAAGUACGACUUCAAACCCGCAUCUGUUGAUGCCUCUCAAGGCGCGACAGUCGACGUCGAAAAAGGUCAACAAAUCUCAGUGACCAUUCCUCAUCAUGACUCCUCGAGCUCUACAACUUUCAGAGGGAAUCACCGAGAGUAUUCGAAAGAAUGUGUCCUAAUUAUAGACCAAAAAACCGGGGAGGUCACUCUAGAGAGGCUCAGCUGCAACGUACAACUCAAGAAAACCAGAGCGGAGAAAUCCUCAAAAGCGGCGCUGAAUCCCACUGGACGCCCUGUGAAUGAGAGCGCAGUCAACGACGGUCCGUCAGCAGCUCCAGCAGCAGGGAAAGGGAUAGAGACUCCGCAGCCAUCAAAUGCGCGGAUGAAGAAACCGCUCCCUGCGAUGCCUCAACGGAGAAGCGAACCAUCAAUUGGAGCCGUCAAACGUGGAAUGACUUCUGUGGCACCUCCGAGGAAGCGAAUCUCGAAACCGAGGCCCGUACCGCAGCCGAUACGCCCCCAUGCGGCGGCACUCGCUCCAAACUCAAUGCCCAUACUUAUAGGAGAUUCAAGCGGGUACGUGGAGCAAAUCGUCGACCACGACUAUGGAGGAGAUAACGAUGAAAGUCUUGCUCUGAUGAGCUUUGAAGUCUGGACUAACCCUGAUCCUUUGCAGUUCACCCGUGAUGUUUCGAGCUCGGGAAACUUCAACCGCGAAGCUUCGAGCUCGGGAAACUUCACCCGUGAAGCUUUGAGCUCGGGAAACUUCUCCCGUGAAGCUCCGAAGGCCACAUCUUCCAUUGUGAACAAAUCUUGUACAGUGAAGAGUUCAGCUACUCCUCUAUCGCAGACUUCCGGCUCGUUGAAGGAUGCGAUGGAGAUGUCCGACGGGUCUUCGUCCUCAGACUCCGAUUCGGGUUCCGAUGAUUCAGAUUCGGGCAGUGAAGAUGAGGCUCAGUCCGAAAAGGAACCGCCGCAAGUGGCCCUCGCUUCUCGUCUCAUGCCGCCUCCGGCCGUCGAGCAGCCUAUGCCGAAGCCGAGUCUAUUGAUUGACGAUCUUCAGUUGAGCGAGUCGGGCAGCGAUUCUGAGUGA